AAAUUUAAUGGCAUUGUUUGGAUAGGAUAACAGAGCUAAAGAUUUUGAAGGCCCCACUGAUCAUUCACUAUCCUCUCUCCUUCACUACUCUUUUCUUCCCCUCCUGCAUUUGUGGAAUAGCAAAUACAGAAAGAAGGAAUGGUUUCUUUUGCUUCAACAUUUCCAUCUUUGGUUUUACUGCUUCCUUCGCCCAAUCCCUCCAGAUAUUCUCCUCCACCUGGUAUGAUUUGUUGUAAGUUUGGACCAGAGCUUAACAAUGAGGAUCGCUGCUUUCGUAGACGUGAUGUUCUUCACUCCAUAGGAGCAGCAGUGGGAAUGGACUUGAUAGCAAGAUCGAGCUCGUUCACUGAAGUAGCUAAUGCUGCUGAUCUGAUACAACGCAGACAGCGUUCAGAGUUUCAAUCAAAGAUCAAGGGAAUUCUUUAUGAAGCUAUAAAGGGAAAUCCAGAUAUCGUUCCAUCCAUACUAACUUUAGCACUUAAUGAUAUCAUGACUUAUGAUAAGGCAACAAAAUCUGGAGGUCCCAAUGGAUCAAUACGUUUCAGCUCAGAGAUCAGCAGACCAGAAAAUAAGGGACUUGCUGCUGCUUUGAGUUUGUUGGAAGAAUCAAAGAAGGAGAUAGAUUCAGAUUCCAAAGGUGGACCCAUCUCAUAUGCAGAUCUCCUCCAGCUAGCUGCACAAAGUGCAGUCAAAUCAACCUUUCUCGCUUCUGCAAUUCGCAAAUGUGGUGGUAAUGUAGAGAAGGGAUCUUUGUUAUACAGUGCAUAUGGUUCUAACGGACAGUGGGGCCUAUUUGAUAGGCAAUUUGGGAGGUCAGAUGCACAGGAGCCUGAUCCAGAGGGAAGGGUGCCUCAGUGGGAUAAAGCAAGCGUGCAGGAAAUGAAAGACAAGUUCAAAGCUGUUGGCUUUGGCCCUCGUCAGCUAGCAGUAAUGUCUGCAUUCAUAGGCCCUGAUCAAGAUGCAACAGAGACCCUACUCGCCAGUGAUCCAGAAGUUCUUCCGUGGGUUCAGAAGUACCAAAGAAGCAGGGAAACAGUAUCUCGAACUGAUUAUGAGGUUGACUUGAUUACUACUCUUACAAAAUUAAGCUGCUUGGGACAACAAAUAAACUAUGAGGCAUAUAGUUAUCCUGUCCAAAAAAUUGAUGUUACCAAACUCAAGUUGUAGAAAGGUGGCAGCUGAUGUUUUUGCACUAUGAAUGCACUGAGCACAACACAGAUACAUAUGCUUACCUGUAAGGAUCUGGACAGAGUAACUGAGAAUUUGGAGGCAGCUUUUUCUUUUUCAGCGCGAGGGGACAGAAACUGUUUGCUUAGAACUGUAUUUGCAAUCAGAUUUUCCCAAUCGCUGUAACAUAAACAGGGGUGUUUUAUAUGUACUUCUGUAAAACUCUUCACGUUUUGUGUGUCAACACGAUUGUGUUUCAAGAUCUUUCAUGCUUCAAUAAACAACAUAUUUCGUUAGAA